GGGCGGGGCCGCCCUGUCACAAGUGCGGAUGCGGCUGGACGGCGGUCCUACCCCAGGGACCACCGAACGUCUCCGCGCCGCUGCGGUUCUCCUCGCCCCGAACCACGCCCAGGGUGUGGACGGGUAGCGAUGGGGGAAAAGGAAAAGCAACCUAAGAGUUAUUACCGUUAGCAGCGAAAGCCGACUAACGCCGACGACAGAGAUUGCGUCUCCUUUCGCUUCCGGCCCGUCGUCCUGGGAACCGGAAAUCCGGCUGCCCCGGGUCACGUGAUCCACCGCCAUCUUGGUUCCGGUGGCAGCUGCAGCCGGGAAGCGGUGGGCUAGAGCGGUGCUGCUGCUGCGGGCUCAGUUUUCAUCCUCGGGGAAGGGUUCUUGGAGUGCGAGGGGAGGUGGAGGAGAUGGCUGCCUCGGCGCGGGAAGAUGGCGCCCGCGGAGAGGAGCAAGGGCAGCGGGGCUGCGAGCAUUAUGACAGAGGAUGUCUCCUGAAGGCACCUUGUUGUGACAAGCUGUAUACUUGCCGGUUGUGUCAUGAUAAACAUGAAGAUCAUCAGCUAGAUCGCUUUAAAGUAAAGGAAGUGCAGUGCAUAAACUGUGAAAAAAUUCAACAUGCACAACAGACUUGUGAAGAAUGUAGCACAUUGUUUGGAGAAUAUUAUUGCAGUAUAUGCCAUCUAUUUGACAAGGACAAGAAACAGUAUCAUUGUGAAAACUGUGGAAUUUGUAGGAUUGGUCCAAAGGAAGAUUUUUUCCACUGUUCGAAAUGUAACUUAUGCCUCGCUAUGAAUCUCCGAGGAAAGCACAAGUGUAUUGAAAAUGUUUCCCGGCAGGAUUGUCCAAUAUGUUUGGAGGACAUUCACACAUCCCGUAUUGUUGCUCAUGUCUUGCCAUGUGGACAUCUUCUACAUAGAACGUGUUAUGAAGAAAUGUUGAAAGAAGGCUACAGGUGUCCAUUAUGUAUGCACUCUGCUUUAGAUAUGACUAGGUACUGGAGGCAGCUGGAUGAUGAGGUAGCACAGACUCCUAUGCCAUCAGAGUAUCAGAACAUGACUGUGGAUAUUCUUUGCAAUGAUUGCAAUGGAAGAUCUACAGUCCAGUUCCAUAUAUUAGGCAUGAAAUGUAAUAUUUGUGAAUCCUACAAUACUGCUCAGGCUGGAGGAUAUAGAAUUUCACUAGAUCAGCAAUGACCAGCCUACACUACACUGGAAAACUCAGCAUUUUCUGAUACAGAAAAAGGCUAUCUUUAGUAUCCUGUUGUCAUAAUGUGUCAGAAUCUAUGCAUUAGUGUUGAUGUGUUUUGUACUAGUGUCACAGCAUAAACUCAUAUUACAAGACUUAAGGAUUCAGGGUCUCUUUAUAGGAUUAUCAUAGCUCUAUAUUAAUUGAAAGCCUCUGUGCUUGUGUUUUGAUUGGGAAUUCCUUUGGUGUCGGUUGUUUGGAAGUCAGUGAUGUUUGCCACUGAAAUUCACAUCCAUAGACAUAUAUUAUACUUCCAUGGAACUUUAAGUGACACUAUGCACACAGAAUUCGUUUCUAGUUCUUGAUAGAACUGUACUUAAUUCUCAGUAUUAUUCUUGACUUCUUAAGGGCUGUGCUGUAAUGAGAAUAUGUUCUACCUUACUGUUAAAAUCUAAUUACAUAUACUUUAGAAUUUUCUAAGGCAGUCCUUUGGAACCUGUAAAUGUGAAUUCUGAUGUUAAUAACUGCUAAUAAAAUUAUAUUGAAACAGUGUUUUAUAGAAAAAUUUUUCCAAAGUUAUCUCUUUUUGGCUUAGUUAGAGCAAUAUAGUCUUACAAUAUGAAAGAAAUCCUUUCUUUUCAGGUAUUCUUCCAUAAGAGUAAUUGGGAAAAAUGUAAAAUAAUAGAACUCUUCUAAGCCUUAAGAAAACCAUCAGAAUUGAAAAUAAUUUUGUUUUGGUUGCUCCAAAUUAUUUUUCGAAGGAUAGUGUAUUCAUUCAGUCAGCAAAUAUUUAGUGAGCAACUGUUAUGUGCUGGAUAUAGUUCAGGAUGCUUUAGAGGCAACAGUGAACAAUAUAGACAAAUACCUGCCCUUGUAGUGUUACAUUCUAGUGUUCUUCAUACUUAACUAGCUUUUUCCUUGUUUUUCUUUAUGUAUACGGUGGUUGUCUUUGUUGUAAAUGAGGUGUGGAUUCUUUCUUUCCUAAAUGCUCAGAAGUAGGUAUGGAUGAGUAGAAGUGGCAUGGAAUGUAACUUUUUGGGGGGACUUGUGAUAGAAUUAAUACACUUCUUAAUUCAGGAACAUGGUACACAAAAAUGUUUGAUGAUCCUGUACUUGUUUUAUAAUAGUGUCCUAGUAUCCAACUUAGCUUGUUUAUAAAAAGCGUUAGGUUAGGAAGUAAAAUGUAUAUGGGUCAAUUGACAAGUAUAUUUUAAACACCAAUUAUAUUUCUAACUUUGAGCUAGUUAAAUCUGUGAAUAAGGAA